CGGGCCCCGCGGCAAGCCUGACAGAGGCGCGCGGCCCUCCUCCCGCCUCUCCGCCUACUCCAGCCUCCGCCGCCUCAGCUUCCCGAGCGAGCCCCGCGGCCGCCGGAGCAGCUCCCGCGGCGGAGCAGGAGCCGGAUGGUCAGAGGAGCCCGGCAGCCCCAACAGCCGCGGAGUCGCCUGGCCCCCAGACUGACUGGCACGGUGGAGAAACCGCCCCGCAAACGGAAAGGCAGGACUGAAUUUGCUAUUAAAGAAAUCAUGUCCUCUGGAGGUGCUGAAGAUGACAUCCCACAGGGAGAAAGAAAAACAGUUACAGAUUUUUGUUAUCUUCUGGAUAAAUCUAAGCAACUGUUCAAUGGGUUAAGAGAUUUGCCACAGUAUGGACAGAAGCAGUGGCAGUCCUACUUUGGAAGAACCUUUGAUGUUUACACCAAACUCUGGAAGUUCCAGCAGCAGCAUCGACAAGUCUUGGAUAAUCGGUAUGGCCUGAAGCGGUGGCAAAUAGGGGAAAUUGCUUCCAAGAUUGGGCAGCUAUAUUACCAUUAUUACUUACGCACUUCUGAGACCAGCUAUCUGAAUGAGGCUUUUUCCUUCUAUUCUGCCAUCAGACAGAGAUCAUAUUAUUCUCAAGUCAAUAAAGAGGACAGACCCGAAUUGGUAGUCAAGAAACUACGCUAUUAUGCAAGGUUCAUAGUAGUUUGUCUUCUUCUCAACAAAAUGGAUGUUGUGAAGGAUCUGGUAAAGGAAUUGUCAGAUGAAAUUGAGGAUUAUACACAUCGUUUCAAUACUGAAGAUCAAGUGGAAUGGAACUUGGUGCUUCAAGAAGUAGCAGCUUUUAUCGAGGCGGACCCUGUAAUGGUAUUAAAUGAUGAUAAUACCAUUGUUAUCACAUCCAAUCGCCUUGCUGAAACAGGAGCCCCAUUGCUGGAGCAGGGGAUGAUAGUGGGACAGUUGUCUCUGGCUGAUGCGCUCAUUAUUGGUAAUUGUAAUAAUCAGGUUAAGUUCAGUGAACUAACUGUUGACAUGUUCCGGAUGUUACAAGCCCUGGAAAGGGAGCCAAUGAACUUAGCCUCUCAGAUGAACAAGCCAGGAAUGCAGGAGUCCGCUGACAAGCCUACCAGACGAGAAAACCCCCAUAAGUAUCUGCUCUACAAACCAACCUUCAGCCAGCUCUACACAUUCUUAGCAGCAUCUUUUAAGGAGCUGCCUGCCAAUAGUGUGCUUCUGAUCUACCUGUCAGCCACUGGAGUUUUUCCCACAGGUCGUUCUGAUAGUGAAGGUCCUUAUGAUUUUGGAGGUGUACUUACUAAUAGUAACCGAGAUAUUAUAAAUGGAGAUGCUAUCCACAAACGAAAUCAAUCCCAGAAGGAAAUGCACUGCCUUCAUCCUGGAGAUCUCUACCCUUUCACAAGGAAGCCCCUGUUUAUCAUUGUGGAUUCUUCCAACAGCGUUGCAUACAAGAACUUCACAAACUUGUUUGGACAGCCCCUAGUCUGUUUGCUUUCUCCUACGGCAUAUCCAAAAGCUUUACAAGAUCAAUCUCAACGAGGUAGCCUCUUCACUCUCUUUUUGAACAAUCCUUUAAUGGCCUUCCUGUUUGUUUCUGGAUUGUCAAGCAUGCGUAGAGGUCUGUGGGAAAAGUGCCAAGAAUAUCUUCGAAAAAUCAACCGUGACAUUGCUCAGCUACUGACCCAUUCACGUUCAAUAGAUCAGGCAUUUCUCCAGUUUUUUGGAGAUGAAUUCCUUCGCCUGCUUCUCACGAGAUUUAUCUUUUGUUCAGCCACCAUGAGGAUGCACAAGAUUUUUCGGGAAACACGAAAUUACCCAGAAUCAUAUCCACAGCUGCCAAGGGAUGAAACAGUGGAGAAUCCUCAUCUCCAGAAGCACAUUUUGGAAUUAGCAUCCAUUCUGGAUGUUCGAAAUGUCUUCUUUGAAAAUACCAUAGAUGACUAUUAAAUCACAAAUCCUCUUGUUGAAACAA